GUUCAUUUGCCUUCGCUCCUUUCUAAUGAAGGUCGAAAAGAUCUAACUAGAGCUGAGAAGAAAGAGGAGAAAAGAGGGAAAUCAGAAGAAGAGGCUCUUGUAACCAAACGAGGGGAGCCAGUCAGGAUCAAGAUCUUCGAAGGAGGGUACAAAUCAAACGAAGAGUAUGUGUAUGUGCGAGGCCGUGGAAGAGGGAAAUAUGUGUGUGAGGAGUGUGGAAUUCGCUGCAAGAAACCCAGCAUGCUGAAGAAACACAUCCGCACGCACACAGACGUCAGGCCGUACGUCUGCAAGUACUGUAACUUUGCUUUUAAAACCAAAGGGAAUCUGACUAAACACAUGAAGUCAAAGGCCCACAGCAAAAAAUGUCAGGAGAUGGGCGUGGUGGUAUCUUCACUGGUGGAUCUGGAAGCCGAAGAAGGAACCAGUGAAGACCUAUUCCAGGACUCUGAGGGGCGUGAGGGAUCUGAGCCAAUCGAGGAACACCAGUUUUCAGACCUAGAGGAAUCUGAUGAUGAUGAUGACAAUGAGGAUGAGGAAGAUGAGGAGGAAGAGGAGAGCCAAGAUGAGCCACCUUUGAAGUUGCCAGAAGGCAAACCUACCACCCUCCUGCUGCACUCUUCAGGUGGUUCUCCAUCUUCUCAAGAGGAAGACACUGAAAUAGCAUCAUCCUUAGCCCAAGAAACUGUCUCCAGCACCCAAAAAGUAGGUGAAGGCCAGCAGGCCUCCUCCUCCUCAGGGCUGGAAACCAAGUGGUCAGCAGACAGCAGUGACAUUGCUGUGUGCCACAGCUUCUUGAGUCUCCACAGACCAGCUUUGACCUCCACUGAGCAAUUGGCUUCUGCUGAAAGAGAGUCUGUCACGAGGCCACAGAUGUCCUUAGUCAUGGACCUGUCCAGCUCAAAAGACACCUCCCCAAGGAAGAGGUGGUCUCCCAGCCAGGACUCUGCCCGAGGUGGUGGCAGCAGCAGACCAAUGCUAGCCAGAAAGCACUUACUAACCAAAAAUGAAACUUCACCCAAAAGGUUCUUUGGCAAAAACAUACAGCUCUACGAGUCCAAGCUG